UUGAGCCUCGAAUAUACACCUACGAAGAUUCUGACAACUACAAGCACACAAAAAGGCGUGCUGAUAUAACCCAACCUUACAACCGAAACACCAACACAACCGGAAUGGCAACGUCUUCCCAACCAGCAGGCCCGUUGGAUGAGGGCCCUCCAUACCGCUCCUUUGAGGAGCUCCGCGGCGAUCCAACUGUCGCCGUCGUCUUCACCACCGCCGCCAAGCGUCUCUUUUGGCCCCUCGACGGCGUCUUCCCCACCGCCCUCUCCGUCAUGAAGACGCUCCUCAGCGCGGACGAUCUCGAGCCAUACUUCCAGCAGACCCUCGGCGGCGGCAUCUGGCACGAGAUCGCGCAGCUGCCCCUGACCGAGCCCAAGGUCUCGUCGGUCGAGGCGUCCGUCUACGACCUGGAGCAGUGGGAGUUCCACUGGGUGGCGUGGCACGCGCACCACGAGGGGGAGCCGGCUAACCCGGAGUAUGUCACGUAUGGCGAUCUGAGCGAUGAGGAUAGGCCGUACGCAAGAGAGCCCAAGGAGGACGGCAGCUGGGAGGAGGACUCGGACACGGAGUUCCUCGUCCGGUGCUGCAGGCAGGAUCGACCGCUCCGGAAGAGGGGGCAGAAGCUUGUGGUCACGCCGGCUGCGGGCGGUCACUUCGUCACGACACACGACUACGUCAGCGCUGUGCACCCUUGGCUCAUGGGCUUGCGUCCUGAGAUCUUGCUUGCCAAGACAGUUGCCCAGCCUGAGCCGUAUCCUGGGUCAGCGGGAAUGGCGUGGAUGGUGGACCAGGGGCCGGAGCACAAGGUGGAGGCGAAGCAGAGCUGGAUUCAAGCACAUGGGGGUGGCCCGCCGCGUCCUAUCCCUGCCUCGACGGCCGCGAUUCUCGCAAGGAUACGUGCGAGUCGAAACAGGUGAAUUUCAUGUCUAUGUUGUCUGUCAUCUACUAGUAGUCCAUUCCAUUACUGGGCCCGACGCAAAACAUAUAUUCACCAAAGCCCUCUAUAGAUACAUAUGCAGUUGCGUAUCGUACACGAUGCACCAACGAACUACCUAAGAAGCCGCCGUGGCAGACGCGCAGUACGAGCUCCCAUACGCAAUGACUGUCGAUGCCACCAGGAUCCCCAACAAGAGAACUUCCAACGCC